GAGAGUUGUCAUGGUUGGUUUUAAAUUAACAUAGACUCCGAGAAUUUCCGGUGAAAAUUGGUGAAAAACAGGAGUCAACGUGAACGUCAGAUCAUCAUGUCUAGAGUGUGCAUUUCAAGAAGCAUUAGAAUUCUACAGAGAAAAACAAUACCGAGUCAAUGGAGUCAAAAUAUGAAAUUCACUUCUCGAAACCAACCAAUGAACACAAUAAUACUGUUUGUACCUCAACAAGAAGCAUGGGUAGUGGAAAGGUUUGGAAAGUUUGAUAGAGUUUUGAACCCGGGACUUAACUUUAUCUUACCGUUUGUGGAUAAAAUUAAAUAUGUACAAUCUCUAAAGGAGGUGGCCUCAGAAGUCCCAGAGCAGGCAGCUGUAACAUCAGAUAAUGUUACACUUGGACUAGAUGGUGUAUUAUACACUAAAGUGUUUGAUCCAUAUAAGUGUAGUUAUAAUGUAGAAAAUGCUGAAUUUGCCAUCAAGAAAUUAGCCCAAACCACCAUGAGAUCUGAAAUAGGGAAAAUUACACUAGAUACUGUUUUCAGAGAGAGAGAAGUUUUGAAUGUAAAUAUUGUUGAUGCCAUCAACAAAGCAUCAGAACCAUGGGGAAUUUCUUGUUUACGAUAUGAAAUUAGGGACAUGACUCUACCCCAUAGAAUCCAGGAAGCUAUGCAGAUGCAAGUGGAAGCUGAGAGGAAAAAGAGAGCUAGCAUCUUGGAAUCUGAGGGUAUCAGGGAAGCUGAAAUAAAUGUAGCUGAGGGUAAAAAGAAAGCAAAGAUUCUGAAUUCAGAGGCCUUCCAGAUCGAACAAAUUAACAUCGCAAAUGGUGAAGCGGAGGCCAUUAGAGCAAUGGCGGAGGCCAAGGCCCGGGCGGUCGUCCAGGUGUCUGAGGCCAUCAGUAAACAGAAUGGAAUGAAUGCCGUGGCAUACAGUAUAGCAGAACAGUAUGUGGAUGCUUUUGGUAAACUGGCCAAAACAAACAACACCGUCAUUCUACCUGCCAAUUCUGGGGAUGUCGGGGGGAUGGUUGCUCAGGCUAUGACAGUAUAUAAAAACCUUGCAAGUAUGGACCAGCUGAAGACAGAACAAGCAUCAAUACCAGUCAGAUCUACAGGGAAUAUCAAGUCUGGACCAGAGGAAUGAAAAAUAAACAAUAAUAUAUGUGUGAAUGGCUGAACAAAAGAGAGAGAGUGUGGAAAAAUAGAACUCUUUUAUAUUCAAAACUGUGUUGUUUUGCUGAAGCAAAAAAUAAACUGUAUGAAAUGGAAGGAAAAGCAUGUACUGUUUUAUAUUCAAUCCUGUGUUGUGUUGCUGAAGCAAAAAAAAAAGAAAUAAAAUCUAUACAAUUGAA